AUGGUGCGUCGCCUGUGCGCGCUGCUGUGGGCGCCGCUGUGGGCUCUGGCGGCGGCGGCGGCGGCGGCGGCGGGAGCUCCGGGCCCGGUGGUGCGCUGCGAGCCGUGCGACUCUCGAGCGCGGGCGCAGUGCCAGGCGCCGGCGGCCACGUGCGCCGAGCUGGUGCCCGAGCCGGGCUGCGGCUGCUGCCAGACGUGCGCGCUGCCCGAGGGACGCCCGUGCGGCGUGUACACGGAGCUGUGCGGCGCCGGGCUGCGCUGCCGGCCGCGCCGGGGCGAGCAGAAGCCCCUCCACGCGCUGCUCGACGGCAAAGGGCUUUGCACCAACGUCAGCGGCGCCCACGAGGAACCCGCGCCCGGAGCAGGAGGCGGCGGAGGCGGAGAACUACGAGCCUUGCUGCUGCGAGGGACCCGCGGGCCAGGGAAUGCCAGCAAUUCGGAGGAAGACCAGAACAUCAGCAGCACAGAGAAUCAGUCUGUCUCCAACACAGAGAGACUGUUGGAACCCAAGUCACAUGCUCACCACACCAAAAUAGAUGUCAUUAGGAAAGAGCACGCCAAAAAUACCCAACGCUACAAAUACGAUUCACAAAGCACAGACACACUGAAUUUCUCUUCUGAGUCCAAGCAGGAGACUGAAUAUGGUCCUUGUCGCAGACAAAUGGAAGACACAUUAAACAACCUAAAGAUUCUGAAUGUCUUAAGCCCGAGAGGAUUGCAUAUUCCGAAUUGUGACAAGAAGGGAUUCUACAAGAAAAAACAGUGCCGUCCAUCCAGAGGCCGAAAAAGAGGAUACUGCUGGUGUGUGGAUAAAUAUGGGCAGCGACUCCCUGGAUAUGAUGGGAAGGGGAAAGGAGAUGUCCAUUGCUACAAUCUAGAAAGCAAAUGAGGGAUAUCCACCACCUUCUGUGGAAUCUGCGUGUGGCAUUGGAAUGACUGGGCUGCAGCAUAGACUGCACUAGACUUGGGAGCUCUGAGUUUUGGCCCCUUCUUAUACUGCAGGGAGUCAAUCUCUGUGGUCUCUGCAGCUGCAACCUGCCACUGACACACUUCUGGCUUUCCAUCUUGUCACACAAGGAGUUCUGAAAUCCCAACUAUAUCUGCACUAUGGAUACCCA